UGCUGAUAGCGCCUGACGGGUCUCCCCGCCAAGGCCCGGGGUGGGGGCGCACGGGGCCCUGGAGAGCCCCCGCGCGUACCCCGGGAGGUCUCCAGGUGGCUGGCUUCCUCCACCCCCGCCCGCUCUGUCCCAGGGCGGGACCAGGGGGCGGAGCGGGCCGGUGACAGGCCGUGACGCGGGCCCCACCCUUUCUUAUAGAGGCACGCGGGGGGACUCGGGGACCGUGUUUCGUCGUCGCUGCCGCCGCCGCCACCGCGUCCACCUCCUGCCCCGCCACCACAGCUCCCAGCAUCAGCGCCACCGCCACCGCCACCGCGUCCGCCAGCAGCGCCACCGCCAUGCGCGAGAUCGUGCACCUGCAGGCCGGCCAGUGCGGCAACCAGAUUGGGGCCAAGUUCUGGGAGGUGAUCAGUGAUGAGCAUGGCAUCGACCCCACGGGCACAUAUCAUGGGGACAGCGACCUGCAGCUGGAGAGAAUCAACGUAUACUACAAUGAGGCCACAGGUAGGAUGCAGGGGCACCUUCUGGAGUGGGGGUGGGAAGGCAUGGGGGGACUGCAUGCUGGUUCCUGGCGCUCACCCCAGCUGACCUCCAUCUGCUUCCCUGCAGGAGGAAAUUACGUGCCCAGAGCCGUGCUGGUGGACCUGGAGCCAGGAACCAUGGACUCCGUCCGCUCCGGCCCCUUUGGCCAGAUCUUUCGGCCUGACAACUUUGUGUUUGGCCAGUCCGGAGCCGGAAACAACUGGGCCAAGGGCCACUACACGGAGGGCGCGGAGCUGGUGGAUGCCGUCCUGGACGUGGUCCGAAAGGAGGCUGAGAGCUGCGACUGCCUGCAGGGCUUCCAGCUGACCCACUCGCUGGGCGGGGGCACGGGAUCCGGGAUGGGCACGCUGCUCAUCAGCAAGAUCCGGGAGGAGUUCCCCGACCGCAUCAUGAACACCUUCAGCGUGGUGCCCUCGCCCAAGGUGUCGGACACGGUGGUGGAGCCCUACAACGCCACCCUGUCCGUGCACCAGCUGGUGGAGAACACCGACGAGACCUACUGCAUCGACAACGAGGCCCUGUACGACAUCUGCUUCCGCACCCUCAAGCUGACCACGCCCACCUACGGGGACCUCAACCACCUGGUGUCCGCCACCAUGAGCGGGGUCACCACCUGCCUGCGCUUCCCCGGCCAGCUGAACGCCGACCUGCGCAAGCUGGCCGUGAACAUGGUGCCCUUCCCCCGCCUGCACUUCUUCAUGCCCGGCUUCGCGCCGCUGACCAGCCGGGGCAGCCAGCAGUACCGCGCCCUGACGGUGCCCGAGCUCACCCAGCAGAUGUUCGACGCCAAGAACAUGAUGGCCGCGUGCGACCCGCGCCACGGCCGCUACCUGACGGUGGCCGCCGUGUUCCGGGGCCGCAUGUCCAUGAAGGAGGUGGACGAGCAGAUGCUGAGCGUGCAGAGCAAGAACAGCAGCUACUUCGUCGAGUGGAUCCCCAACAACGUGAAGACGGCCGUGUGCGACAUCCCGCCGCGGGGCCUGAAGAUGGCAGCCACCUUCAUCGGCAACAGCACGGCCAUCCAGGAGCUGUUCAAGCGCAUCUCGGAGCAGUUCACCGCCAUGUUCCGGCGCAAGGCCUUCCUGCACUGGUACACGGGCGAGGGCAUGGACGAGAUGGAGUUCACCGAGGCCGAGAGCAACAUGAACGACCUGGUGUCCGAGUACCAGCAGUACCAGGACGCCACGGCCGAGGAGGGCGAGUUUGAGGAGGAGGCCGAGGAGGAGGUGGCCUAGACCACCCCAUUCAUUCACCCCUGUCGGCCCCCACCCCCGCUGGGCUGCUCACCUUUGACCCCUUAGAGCUCCUCUUGGGCCCCUGAGAACCCUGCAGCACCACCAAGCCUGACUCAGCUCUGACCCUCUGACCCUACAACCUUGACUUCUCCCCUGAUCUCAGCUGACCUUCGACCCCUGAGCCCCACAUUGGCCCACAUUUAACUCCAUGAACCGUUUGUCCGUGACCUCUCCUUCACCUAUGACCUUACCCACCACCCCAAUGCACUCCCAGACAAAUAAACCACAGUCUACUUUCCACCCCCUCUCCCUCUGAGCCUCCCUUCACCUCUGACCUUGCCUCACCUUUGACCCCACCACCCUCUGACCCCACCUGCUCUCUGGCUUCUGUAAGCCCCCUGUUUUAUCCCUGAACUCACUCCCCUCAACUCCAACUGACCUUGGCUUUCCAGGGCUGGUGGAGGGCAGCUGUGUGGGGAGAAGCAGCCCUGGAACGUGUGGACAAGAGAGGCUGUGCCCCCAUCCCGCCCCACCUCCUCCCUCUGGCUCACCCUCAAUAAAUAAAUUGUUGUCUUGCCAUGUU